AUGGCUGGUGCCGCGACCGACUCGCCUUCCAACAAGCGUCCGCUCAGUAUCGAGACCGACAAGAAGAAUGACGCCGCCCGCAUCCCGGUGACGCUGCUGUCGGGUUUCCUGGGCAGCGGCAAGACGACGCUCCUGCAGCACAUUCUCAAGAACAAGGACCACGCGCUGCGCGUGGCGGUGAUCGUCAACGACAUGGGCGAGCUCAACAUCGACGCGGACCUCGUGGCGUCCGCCGGCGUGCUCCAGCGCGAGGAGCAGCUCGUGCGUCUCGAGAACGGCUGCAUCUGCUGCACGCUGCGUGUGGACCUGCUCGAGCAGAUCGCGCGCAUCGCCCAGCAGGGUGAGGUCGACUACAUCGUGAUCGAGAGCUCGGGUAUCAGUGAGCCCAUGCAGGUGGCCGAGACCUUUGUGUUUGAGCUGCCUGAGGGCGCCGAGGAGGCGUACGCUGCGAUGAAGGAGGAUGCCGCUACGUCUCCGAGCAGCUCGAAGCGCUCCCGCACCGAGUCUGAGGUUUCUUCGGCCGACGAGGCCAGCGCCACCGCUGGAAUUCGCUCCGUUCAGCUGGACGAGCUGCUGGUGCGUGGCGACGAGAAGCUGCCGCUGCUGCGCGACAUUGCGCUGCUGGACACGUGCGUGACGGUCGUUGACGCGGCCACCUUCUUCCACGUGUUUGACGACCCGCGCAUGCUCGCGGACGUGGAGGAGAACCGCAGCCAGCUCCCCGAGGGCGACACGCGCACCAUCACCGACCUUCUGAUCGACCAGAUCGAGUUCGCUGACAUUAUCCUGCUCAACAAGACGGACCUCGUGCCCACCAAGGACGUCGAGGCUAUCGAGAAGGUGCUGCGCCGUCUCAACUCGUACGCCAAGAUCGAGCGCACCGUCAAGGGCCGAGUGGACCCCAAGAUGAUCCUCGGCACCGAGCUCUUCUCCUUCGAGCGCGCGUCCAAGCAGACGGGCUGGCUCGAGUCGCUCACGGUGCCGCACACGCCCGAGACCGUCGAGUACGGCAUCGGGUCGUUCCUGUACAAGGCUUCGCGCCCGUUCCACCCCGCGCGUCUGACGGGCAUCAUCCAGGACGAGUUCGUGAUUGUCGAGGCGCCGACGCUGCCCCCAUUCCCGUCCGACGACGACGAUGGACAUGAUCACGAUCACGAAGAGGAGCAAGAAUACGAGCAGGAGGAGGAGUCUGCUGAAGGAGACCAGGAGAUGGAGGAGGAAGAAGAUGGUGAGCCCCUGGGUGAGCAGGAGAUCGCCAAGCGACUCGAGAGCAAGCAGAACGGCCUCUUCAAGAACCUUCUGCGCAGCAAGGGCGUCUUCUGGCUCGGCACUCGGCCCUACAACUACGCCACGUGGUCCCAGGCGGGUCUGUACUGCACGCUGGCCAACGGCGGCAUGUGGAUCGCCGCUCUGCCCGAGGAGGAGCGGACGCGCACGAUGAAGGAGCUGCCCAACUACAAGGAGCUGAUGGCGCGGGAGCACGGCGACCGUGGCCAGGAGCUCGUCUUCAUCGGUCGGUUCUCCCAGGAGGACAAUGAGAUCGCCAAUAUCCGCGCGGCACUCGACUCGUGUCUGCUCACGGACGAGGAGAUGAAGCAGUACAAGGCUGGCGACGUCGAGGAGUGGGAAGACCCCUUUGAGCCCUGGGAGUACUACACCUUCGAGGACUAA